GCCAGGCUGUGUGAGCGUUGAAACCAAGAUAUUACAGAGCGGGAAGCCAGAAUCCCAUGAGUCUCACAAGCAUACUCGCUAGUCUACGGACCAAUUCAUAUGAAGAUGAUGUAUGUCAACUGAGGGCAGUACCUUAUGUCAAUAAACACCGAUACUGGUGGUUAAUCUUUUGUGCCAGUCAGUCAUAUCUUUGUUUUCAGUGCCAACUGUUCAAAAACCUUUGCUCUUCCUUAUUGAUUCCCACACUUCCUUAUCUUCUCUGAACUGGAUUUGGAUCUGGAUUUCUAAACUCCACUGCGUGUAAUUACCUCCAGCCUUACCUACUGAGUUCUGUUCUUCCCUAUUAAACUGAUUCUCCCAGUUCACACAAGCAACUUUUGCCAAUUUUAGUAGGCCUUGGACCAGCGGCACCCGGCCCUGACCGUGGAGAGUUGGGGAUCCGACGCCCUUGAAACGCUCACCCAGUCCAGACGCUAGAAAACAGAUGAGGGAGAAUGUUCGGGAACCAGACUGAAGGGUGCAAUCUAACCCUAAUGGAGGAGGUGAAGUUUUUCUACAAGGUGGCCUACAUCCCGGUCUUUGUGAUCGGCCUCCUGCUGAACACCGCGGCCUUGUGCGUUUUCCUCCGCAAGAGAGCGAGCUGGACGGAAACGCACGUCUACAUGAUCAACCUGGCGGUGGCCGACUUCGCCCUCAUCCUCUUCCUCCCCGUCAGGAUAUACAGCUUCUUCAACCAAUUGGAGGUCUGGGAUUUCUGCCCGUACCUUAUUGCCGUCCACUACUUGAACAUGUACGCCAGCAUCUUCACUGUUGCGGCCAUCAGCGUCCACCGGCUCGUGGCCGUCAAGUUUCCUUUCUGCGCGAGGGCGCACGGUUUGAGGAAACGAACGGCUUUCGCGAUAUGCGUCUUCUUAUGGGCGGUGGUUGUGACGAUAUGCGUCCUGUAUAGCAAGCUGAACAGUACGCAAGAAUUACAGUCUUGCUUUGAAAUAGCUCUGGAAACCAUUGAGCUUCGGUUCGUAUUGGUUUUUUUCAUUCUGGGAUUCUUUCUUCCGUUUUGCACGAUUCUCUUUUGCUCCAGUCUAACGAUCUUUUCCCUGCUGAAGGACGACCAUGUGAUCACCCACGAGGAGAAGAGAAAAUGCGUCGCCAUAAUAACGGCAAAUCUGAUUGUGUUCAUCGUCUGUUACGCCCCCUUCAACAUUAUGUUGCUUGUUAAAUUCAGCGUUGCCAUGCAAUCCCAGCACAUUUCAAACUGCGCAACAUAUAAUUUAGUGCACAACAUUUGGUCCGUUACGAAAUGGAUCGCGACAACGAACUGCUGCUUAGAUUCUAUAGCAUAUUACUUCUUAUUCAAAGAACAUUUUGCACUGAAAUUAACACCUGACCCUCAACAUAUGCCUGUUACUCAAAUCAGCCUGACUUACAGUCUUGCCAAUCAGUAGCACUACCUGUUCAGUUAAUUACCUGGGGCAAAAUAAAACCGGGGAUGGAUUUGGAUUUGAGAGCUAGAUUUGAGUAUCUGUGAGUCAUGCCCACCUGCCCAGGUGUAUGCGCGUGAACCUGGGGAUUACCGGAAGACAGAAUCUCGGUUCUACACCAAAUAACGGACGACUAACGGCUCUCUGACUCAACGGCUGCAGUCGCUGCCAGGCCAUCCUUGACUUCUUGUGUUAUGUUAACCAAAAUGCUGUAUGUGAUUAGAAUGUUCAUUGUUCAAGCAACUCCACGGCUUUCGGUUACCAGUUAGCGAUUGCUACAUCGGCAUUAGAAUGUUCAUUUAAGAACAUUCUGAUCCUGUAUUUGUGAUCUUAUACCUUUAAAGGGUUAAUGCAUGGAUGGAUGGCAGACAGUUUCCUCCAGUUAAACAAGGGCAAAACUGAGGUUCUGGUAAUUGCACCCUAGACCCCAUGAGAGGACCUGACAACACGACUGAAAAUUAGUGGGAAAGAACAUUAAACGUCAGGCUCAGAACUAGCGUGCCAUCUUUGAUAGCAUCGUUGAACUUCGAAGCUCACAUCAGGAACAUAACAAAAACGGGCUUUUAUCACCUAAAAAAUAUUGCUGAGGUCAGGCCUGCUCUCUCCCCAGAUGACAUGCAGGAGAAGCUUAAGCACGCCUUUAUCACCAGCAGAACUGACCACUGCAACACACCCAAAAAGACACAAGGACCGCAACAAAUUAUACAGAACGCUCCUGGUACCGUUUUAACCAAAAUGAGGAAGAGGAAAACACAUUGCACUCCUGUUCUAAAGUCCCUGCACUGGUUACCAGUCAAUUUAAGAAUUGAUUUUAAGAUACCUUCCUUUACUGGCUUUUAAAUCCAUUUGUGAGCGUGCUCAGGGGUGCGUCAAUGACCUGCUGACUAGUUAUGUUCCCGGCAGAACCCUGCUUCUCCAACUGCCUUCUCCUAGUUUUACCUACUUUCAGGACCAGGACAGUGACAUGAGGAGGCUGCUCUGGGACAGUGCCGCACCCCCCCCCCCCCUUUACAGGAGACAUUGUUAAAUGCAAACUCAGGACAUACCUUUUCAGUCGAGAUUUUCUGUAGCAUGUUAUUGUCUUCUUAGUCUUUGAUUGUUUUCUCCUUUUGUUUGUUUAUUCUGCUCCUUACACAAAUGGAACAGACGUGCAUCUCAAUUUUU